GGUGACCCUUCGGCGCGACGGCCCGCGGGACGCCAUGGCCCGCGAGGCCAGCCUGCUGCUGCUCGUGCCUCUCCUGCUCGACCCGGCCCUCGCGCAGCGCGCCGGGCCUCUGCCGCUGGUCCUCAACACUUGGCCCUUUAAGAACGCUACCGAAGCAGCAUGGAGGAGGCUGGCAUCUGGAGGGUCUCCCGUGGAUGCGGUUGAGAGCGGCUGUGCCACGUGUGAGAGGGAGCAGUGUGAUGGCACCGUGGGUUUUGGAGGAAGUCCUGACGAAUUUGGAGAAACCACACUGGAUGCCAUGAUCAUGGAUGGUGCUACCAUGAACGUCGGAGCAGUAGGAGGUCUUAGAAGAAUUAAAAAUGCUAUUGGUGUGGCACGGAAAGUACUGGAACAUACAACACAUACGCUUUUAGUAGGCGAAUCAGCUACCAAGUUUGCCGAAAGCAUGGGGUUUAUCAAUGAGGAUUUAUCUACCGAUACUUCUCGAGCGCUUCAUUCAGAUUGGCUUGCUCGGAAUUGCCAGCCCAAUUACUGGAGGAUUCAUGUGCCCAAAGGGAUGGUUGUCAUCCAUCAGAUGGGACAUACGGCCGCUGGUACAUCUACAAAUGGUAUAAAAUUCAAAAUACCCGGCCGAGUGGGCGAUUCCCCGAUCCCGGGGGCCGGCGCCUACGCUGACGACGCUGCUGGGGCAGCAGCGGCCACGGGCGACGGGGACAUCCUGCUGCGCUUUCUGCCCAGCUACCAAGCUGUAGAAUAUAUGAGAGGUGGACAAGAUCCAACCACGGCCUGCCAAAAAGUGAUUUCAAGAAUUCAGAAGUAUUUUCCAAAGUUUUUCGGGGCCGUCAUAUGUGCCAAUGUGACUGGGAGUUAUGGUGCUGCUUGCAAUAAACUUCCAACAUUUACUCAGUUUAGUUUCAUGGUUUAUAAUUCACUAAAAAAUCAGCCAACUGAGGAAAAAGUAGACUGCAUCUAAUCCAUCUUUUCUGUCAGCAUCUAUAUUUAAAGAAGAAAGAAACAAACACUGGAAAGGUUACCCACUAUUGUCAUGCAGUGUGCCUCCUUUGUGUAAAAUCAGCACAAAAAUAAAUGGAUGCUGAAGUAGCACUUUCGUUUUCUAUA